CCGCCUGACUUCCGCUCAUUAUGUAAACAGGCAAGAUGGCGGCGUCCAGUGUGCUCCGAAGCGUCCUCAGCAGAACUCUAGGCAGGUCCAGGUGUGCUGGAGGAUUCAGGUGUGUUUACAGCUCUGCGCAGGUGCGUCCUGAGGAUGGACGCCGCUUGGCAUGCUGGGAAACUGCGAGCACACGUCAAGACAGAAAAACUAACUUCUACAAAAGAGGAGGAGACGGGGCUCUGUGGGCCGCAGUGGCUUUCUCUCUGUUUAGCAGCACUGAUGAAGACAAGAGGGAUGAAGCUCAGAGGAAGGAGGAUGAAAUGAUUCUGCUGCUAAAGAAAGCCAAGCUCAGUUUACAUCGUGGAAAUCUAUCUGCAGCCUCCUCAUUCCUCCAUCAGGCCGUUGCUCUAGCUCAUCAGACCCACAACAACCAGGCCAUCAUCUACACCUACAGCCAGAUGGCGAACCUGGCCUACCUUCAGGGCCACCUGGACAGCGCAGAGAAACUCUUCAAAGCAGCCAUGAGCUUCAUGCUGGCAGGAGGAACUCCAGAGGACGACAACGCUGUCAUUGAGAUGUCUCUGAAGCUGGCCACCAUCUACGCUGAGCAGAACAAAGCGGAGCUGGCAGAACAUGGUUUCAGGUUCUGUUUGGAGUCACUGGAGGCCAAACUGGAGAAACACAAGCAGCUGCCUGAGGAUGAGAGGACAGAGGAGCAUGAAAUUCUGAGGAGAGAUACCCACCUGCUGCUCGGUUUGUGUUUGGACUCACGCGCGCGGUACCGAGCCUCAAUGUUGCACCUGAACCAGGCUGGACAAGACUACAGGAAGGCCCUGGACAUCUGCCGCAGGGAGCAGGGAGAGACACAUCCCCAGACGCUGGUCCUGAUGAGCGACCUGGCCACCAUCUUGGACCUGCAGGGUCGUCAUGACGAGGCCUUGGCGCUGAUCCAGCAGGCGGUGGAUCUGAGCCUCUCCACGGAGCAUCCGGAUCAUCACAUUCUGCUGGGAAACCUGGCAGGAAUCCUGAUGCACACAGGCCGGCUGGAGGAUUCUGUUCGGUUCUAUCAGGAGGCUCUGGGUCGGGCCGCACAGGCGGGGGACCAGGCAGCCAUGGAUCAGAUCCAGGAGGGAUUGAAAGAGGUGAAGAAGAGGAGGAGCCAGGAGAGAAAGGAGCCGACAGAGGAGGCGGCACAGUGACUGGGGGGGGGGGGUACCGUGGUGCCGGUUCUCAGUGGUUCCGCUGACCUGGUGCUCCAGCAUGUGGUCCCAGCUGUGCCAAACCGUCUUCCAUCGUCUGAGACUGAAAUACCAGAACCCUGGACUUAUGUUUGGGUCUCUGAGCAUGAGGAGAUCCAGCUGUGUGUGUGUUUGAUGUUUGAACCAUUAAAGGCUAUUUGCUGUCUGUGAUGAAGAUGACGAUGAA